AUGAAGAGAAAAUAGCUUAUUUUAAACAAUAUGCAGCGCAUCAACCGUCGUACAGAAAAUUAACAGUCUAUUUCUACCGGCGGAAAUAAAGUUCUAGCUCAAGAUAAAUUGUUACAUCUAUUUUAAGUAGAUUAUAAUAUUAUGUUUAGAUCUAGGAAUCCAUCCUUGCAUAGAAUAACUGUUUGUCCUGUUUCUUGUAUUUAAUAUACACACUAAAAAUUGAGUACUUUGAUAAUGAAGACAAGAGGAGGAAACCAAUUCAUUUAUUUAAUGGAUCAAGAAGUGAGAGGGAGGAAAUAUUCAUCAAUUCAACUUCAUUAUAUUCUUAAAAGUCUAGCGGAUAAGCCACAUGUUUGCACAAUCACAUAAUUGUAUUACUCCCAUAGCAAGAAGAAGUAUCAUUAAAUUAAAUUAACAAUGUUCAUCAUAAUACUUUUACAAGUGCAAUCUUUGACAAGCUAAAGUCAAUCAAUAUUCUUAGGGCAUGCUAUCACAUAUAGGAUUUUGCAAAUUUAUGA